GUCACCCCACAGUUAUGGAUAGCCCACGGAUAUGGAUCAAAUCUGUAGGAAAACUAAAAUUUCAGCAUAAUGAAUUGUCAAAAUAUCGCGUAAAUAUUUUUACAGUGCAGAACAGUUAUCAAUGCUUCUUCAUGCAUGCCAUUAUGCUUUCCAACUGCAUUCUAUGCAGCGAGAAACGUCAAAGUUGCAGUCACCGAUUCGACGCAUCCAGUUUUAUUUACAUUUUGAGCUUCCACGUAACGCAGGUGCUUUUCAUUCAGAAGGUGUUUUCGAGUAUAUUAACCAAUAUAAAUCUGGAACAGAUGUACGGUUCGUUAACUACAGAAAAAUGAAGCAAAUCCGCAAAAUCCGGAAGCAGUACGAUGGUCAGAUUCUCGAAGAAGCCGUUCGUGAAGCCAAGAAAGUCAAAAACAUCCGGGACACAUCGAAAAAGUACAACAUCCCAUUCACAACACUUUACCGACAACUGAAAAACGAAAAGGGGAAAGAGAGACCUGGCCCGGAUCCGGUUUUGCUGCACGAGGAAGAGGAACGCAUCAAAAACUGGGUGUUUUACAUGGCGAGGGCCGGCUUUCCAGUUUGCCAAAUAGAUGUAACACACACGGUUAAGGACUACGCCGAUAAAAUAAGACGACGCAACGACCGUGAAAUUCCCGAUUCCUUCCCAAGCAAAAACUGGAGUCAGCGUUUUAUUGCCAGGCAUCCGGAGAUUCGUCAAAAGUUGGUGAACAAUCUUUCAAAAGCAGGUGCGAAAGUGACAGAACCUCAGUUGCGGAAUUGGUUCUUCGAGGUGGAAGAAUUGCUGCGUCAGGAUGGUAUCGAUACAUCUAUUUUUGAUAAUCCGGAACGUAUUUUGAACUUUGACGAGUCUGGCUUUCAACUCGUACCAAAGCGCUAUAAAGCAAUAUGUUCGGAUGCCGAAAACACCUAUCUUGUGACCAGCAAUUCGGAAAAAGAUUGCUACACUGCUUUAUUUGGCAGUACGGCGGCUGGAGAUUUGACACCACCGAUGAUUCUGUACCCAGGAAAGCGCAUAAGUAGAGAUAUGGUCGAAAACGUUCCAGACGGAUGGUCAAUUGGAGUUUCAGACGAAGGAUGGCAAACUUCGAAGACGUUCUACGAGUAUAUAGCGAACGAUUUAUACCAGUGGCUGCAGAAGAGAGGAACUGAAUUUCCGGUUUUGAUAUUUGUUGAUGGACACAAGAGUCAUGUGAACAUGGAACUAGUGGAAUUUUGUAUACAAAAAGGAUUGAUCCUUGUCUCCUUGUAUCCAAACUCGACACGCAUCUUGCAGCCACUGGACAGAAAUUUUUUCAGAUUUUUCAAAAUAAUUCAUCCUAGUUUUCUAAUUUACAUUGAAAGAAAUUGAAUAUCCGUUCUUAUACUGGUUUCAGAAUUGAUGUAUUUAGAUUAGGCAAUUUUUCAUCGAUUUUAUCAAUGUGAACUAUGGCUUACGUGAUCCAUAACUGUGGGGCAACUGUAUUUGACAAAUGUUUAGU